UGGUUGAUUCUUCUUCCUUUCUGCAUCGAAUUCUUCCUUUCUGCAUCGAAAUCUCUUGGAGGAAAUGAUGCAGAACUGUUCAUUUAUUAACCGGAGAAGGAGUUUCGAAGAUGAUGAUGUACCGAUCUCAGAUAGAACGUUAGAGAUAAAUUCUCACAUCUCUGUUCCUUGUCAUUUGAAACAGUGUCUUGAUCUCAAGACAGGAGAAGUUUACUACAUAAACCGGAACACCGGAAUGAGAGUGGAGGAAGACAACAACAACAACAAUGCAUAUGAUGAUUUCAGUGGAGAAUCGGAUGUAACUGUUGUUUCAGAAGACGAUGGCUCUUAUUAUGAAAGCGAAGAAUCUUCAUCCGAGUCAUCAAUAGAGAAUCACAAAGAAGAGAGUGAAGAUCUUGUGGUAGCUGGUUGCAAAGCUUGUUAUAUUUAUUACAUGGUACCUAAACUCUUGAAAGAUUGCCCCAAAUGUGCAUCUCAGCUUCUCCACUUUGAUCGACUUCACUCUUCUUCCCCUUAACCAAACCUCUUUUUAUCCUCAUUCUCUUCAUAUAGAUUUGUAAGUUUCCUUUUCAUCCCUUAAAUCGUAUAUGUAUGAACUAUUGGUCAUGUUGUGUCUCGAUCGCAUUAACACGAGGUUUGAUGGCA